AAAGCACUGUGGCUUCCAACACCUGUGGUGGUAUAAUAACAGGAAUAUUGCACGAUGUCACAGAAAGUCCGACUGGAAUGGUCAGAAGGUUUGUUGCUGAAGGAAUAAAAACGCCAAUCAUCCAGGCUCUUCGAGGUCAAAUAAUCCCUCAGACUAAUAUUACUUUGACAGUGAUCGAUUCAUAACAUGAAAGAAUGGGAAAAGAAUUUAUCCUCUGUGUAGUACAAAUUUAUUUAAGAAUAUGCGGAUUGUCGAAACAUCAAACCAAGAGACAGUCGACGCUCUUCAGAAUAGCAAGGUAAUGCGUCCCGAGAAGAUGGCACAUGGGGCUUACGACGACGUUUUCGGGGGUGAGGAGGAAGAUAAUGUAUCGCUUCAGAUCAAGGAGUUCGGAUGCCAUCUAGAGUGGAAAGAGUUGCAGAAGAUUGAUGGGUUGACACUGAAGAUUAACCAGGGUGUUCUUGCCGGUGAGUCUUGGGACUACAAUAAACGUCCUACGUACUUCACCGCCGUCCGAAAUCUGCAAGGGUUCAUAGAGUACAAACUUGGAGACGAAGAUAAGGCGGGCGAUUUCUUCCAAACCGUGCUCGACCACGACCCCGUCAACAUCAAUGCUCUUGCCAAUAUGGUUCACAUGUUGGUCGGGCAGCACCGGAUCAGAGACAGUCGACCCUUCGAAGAGAGGUUACGCACCAUUUUUCUUCAAUGUGGGAACAACACUGGAUGCUGCCAAGGAUAUUCCCAAAGAGCAAGGGCUUACGCGGAUCGCGCACACGCGAUCCGUUACUUCGAACAAAACAAACGGUGUUUCAGGUAUAUGGCAUACGUGGAACGGGCGGCAACACUGGGAAGAUACUGUCAACAAACACCGGACAAUGCAGAAUGGUUCUUCGAUCAUGCUCUUGCGCUCUAUAGGAGAGAUGUUCAAAUGAUUUACCUUCGAAAGGUAUUGGGUGAGCACGUCUCUGACGUCCUUCAAAGGAAGAUCAAAUCAGGAUAUGAAAAGGCCAUUCGAUUAUUCUAUGACACCAUACAGAUAAGUCAUUCAAAGGCCCUUCUUUCCCUUUCCUGGGUUUUCAUUGGGAUACUGCUCAAUCACGAUCCUGACAACAGAACUUUAGCCAGAAUAUUUCCUAGAGACAGUGACCUUCGACAUAUGAGUGCAGAUGAAUGUUACCAAAAGGGGUUGUCGAUAGAUGAUACCCAUGAAAUUACCACACGAAGGGUUGGUGCCGAAUACACCAAGUUGAAACGUUAUUCGGAAGCAAAAUGCUUGCUUGAUCGUUCACUUGAAAGGCUGAAGUCUUGGUUUGGACAUCGUUAUCGUGGUGUGCUCUAUCUAUCAAUGUACGAAGACCAACAACUUACUGAUGAAGAGAUCCUGACACAGUUCGGAAUCAGGUCAAGAACUGACCUUUUGCUCAAGGCAAAAGAAGACUUUGAAAGCGCCCAACAAGAGCGUAAUGUUCACGCUGAUUUCUCUGACUUGGGUCGCGUCCAUUAUCUCUUAGGAGAGAAGCGGCAAGCAAUAGCAAAAUUCAAAAAAGCGUGUGAUAGUGAACAGGAUGACUACUUCGAUGUGUUAGAGACCUACAGCAGGUGGGCUCAGUGCAUUGGGGAAGAACAAGUCGAGGAUAUGGCUGAUCUGCGGCGAAUCGCGGAAGACCAUCGGCAGAAACUCAUCGCAACGCCCCUGGAUACUAACGGAGACAGUUUCAGCGACGACUUUGAGCAUUACAGUAGAAGCACAAUCCCCGGACAUGUGCGUCUUUUGACUCCUACUGACUUCUGGGUGGCGUCAGCCACUGGUCGGACCCGACAUAACCCAAUGCCCUACCGGGGUCCAACUCCAGUGGGACAGUACAAGUAUGACUUCUUUCUUUCCUUCAACGAGAGGGACCGCAUCUGGUGUCUGGCUCUUCUGAGUAAACUCGAGACCGAGUACAAGUUACGUGGUUGCAUCGAGCAGAGGGACUUUGUCGUUGGCGCAGAGCAGAUCGACAACAUAAGGACAUUUCUUCGAGAUAGUCACCGUUGCAUCAUCGUCCUGUCGCAGCACUAUGUGCAGCAUGACGAUUCCAAGGCUGUCCUGCGAGAAGCUUUCCGCGUUGCAUUCAAAAGAGAUGGACCUUAUGUCCUGCCCAUCGUUCUGACUGACUGUGAGACAGACAAGUUAGAUUCGAGGGUGCAGGAAGUUCAGAGUAUCCACUGUAACCUCGGACAGAUCCCAAACAACCAUUGGCUGAACCUUGUUAGUUCCCUCCGACAAGGAAAGGAUCUCGCCGUUGAUGGCUCCGGAGUUCUGGUCUUGAUAUCACUCCUUUCUUUAAUGUGGUCUGAAUUUCCUCUAGAUUAGAGGGUGUACCUUGCUGUUUAGAUGUGCAAUUUCAUUGUCUCUGUAAAUAGUUGUCUUUAAAUCUUACAAAGAGCGCCGGCGCUUUAAGUCUUGAGCGAUCGCUAUUAUAUUAACGUAUUCGAGCUGUUUGUGCUGAGCACAUAAACGUACAAUCUAUAUACACCAAAGUUUGUUUUUAUAUGAGUUUAAUGUGUCAGUUCAGUGUAAGAAAGAUAUCAGUUCCUUUAUUAAUAGACAUUUUCCAAAUUAAUUGUAAAUUUUAAAUGUGUGAUUCUAUUUUCUUUCCAAGUGAAUAUGCUUAUAUAAAUUCAGUUUUAAUCGUUUUCAUAACACAAUAAGAGAGGCCACGAUAAAAAAAAGUUUCUAAGUGCAAAUCUGUAUGACGAAGUGGCCAAACCAGUCUACUUAUAUCCUCGACAUUUUGAUCCGAAUUCUAUAUAAGGUAAUUAAAGGUCAAGUCCACCCCAACAAAAAGUUGUUCGGAAUAAAAAGAGAAAAAUCAAACAAGCAUGGAA